AUGACCGUAGCCAGCACAUCGGAGAUGAUGAUGAUGGGUGAUUACUAUCCAAUGAACAGUACAUCAACACUAGGCACAAGGUUUUCAAAUUGUGAUAUAGCAAACAGCAGUUCAGGGUUUACAAAAGCUGGGAAUCCGAAUUCCUCUGGUUCUGUUCUCGCUGAUUCCAUUCCAGGGUUAAAACACGAUGCAGGCUUGGCUGUCGAAUGGUCUUCUGAAGAACAACAUAAGUUAGACGAAGGGCUUUCCCAAUUUGCUGAUGAACCUAGCAUCAUGAGGUACAUCAAGAUUGCUGCUACAUUGCGUGAUAAAACUGUUCGUGAUGUUGCCCUGAGGUGUAGGUGGAUGGCUAGGAAACGAAGGAAACAGGAGGGACUAAAUAUGGGGAAAAAGUUGAAAGAUAAGAAGGAUACUUUGGUGGAAUCAUCUACAAAGCCAAGUAUAUCAUCAGUUCCAACAUUAAAUGUGGCUCCAUUUUCUGUUACAUUGAAUAAUCAUGUCCAGAUUGACAAUAUUACUUUUGAAGCAUUAAGUGGCUCAAUAAGGAAUUUACUAGAACAAAAUAACCAAGUUAUUGGUCAGAUUUCAGCUAAUAUUUCCUCAAUGAAACUGCAGGACAAUAUCGACCUUUUCAACCACAUGAAGAAUAAUAUAACCACCAUAUUAAACAAUAUGAGGUAUAUGCCUGGGCCACCAUUCCCUGUAUCACUAAACGAAGAUCUUGCUCAUAGUAUUUUACCAACAUCAAGUCAGACAAUGAUGUUUGAGGGAUCAGGUGGGAUGUAUAUGAAGCAAGAACCAGGGUUUUGAAAUGGGAGUUUGGUUGCUAAGUACAAAAUUAAAGGUGAUGUAAAUUUAAAAUAGGUACACUGUAUUGAUUGCCUUUUCGGGUUUAAAUCCAAUGAUAUAAAAAAGAAAAUUCAUAGAGAUUACAUUUUUGAAAAAAAAAAAAAAAAAAAAAAGUUAAAAUGGUUAGGUCAUUUGCUUAUGUUUACCCUUUAUAGUCUAUACAACAACAAA